AUGAAUGACAGGAAAUGGGUGACUGAAAAGAUCUUGCAUCUAACCUUGGAGAUCAUCUACCUGCUCACUGGAGAGGUGAGGGAUUCUGGAUGAAGGUAAACUUCACCUAAAAAUAAUUCUGCUUCUCUCUUUCCCAAGAUUUUGUUAUUAAAGGCUUACUCCAUGCAUCAUAAUGCCAGGAGUAUCCUGUUCCUGUUUCCAGGUAAUGGGGAAAAUUUAGAUAAUUCAAUUACAUUCAAAAUUGGGCUAAUCAAAUUUUGUUGGUAUUUAGAAUCCUCCAAAUUCUGAAAAUAAUGGAGAUUUCAGAACAAAUUGAUCCACAUAAUUUUAUGUCCAUUCACUUUCAUUCAAGAGGUUUGUCUAUUAGGCAUCUGAAACAGCAAAAUAAGAAAAGGGCUUUUUGUUUUCCUUAAUUUUGAUUUUAUUAGCCAUUUAUUAGAUAGUGCUCUAUUUUGGCACUCUUAUGUGGGAUUGCUGUAUUUAGGAUACCAAAUCAGGGCGCUGUUUAGUAAAUAGCUCUCCUUCUUUGUGUCCUUAUGUGGGAUUGCUCUAUUUAGGAUACCAAAUCAGGGCACUGUUUAGUAAAUAGUUCUCCUUCUUUGUGUCCUUAUGUGGACAGUCACAUGCACUGUUGUUUACCUAUGUGUGUAGUGUAGCGCCCUAAUUUGGUAUCUUUAAAUAGGGCAAUAAGAGUACCAAGCUAGGGAAGCUAUAUAUACUAAACAGCUCCCUAUAGGGAAUAACAGGCUUGCUCUCUUACGUUGUUUUUUGCCACGACUGUGCUCCUUUGACUUGUGACUACUCUGCAGAAGCCACUUCAAAUCACUGAAGUGGUCUUGGUGCUUGGAGUAACACUUUAAAGAGACAUUAACUCUUUUAAUCAGCUCUAAGAAAACUGACAAAAUGUUCAUGAAAUUAGAGGAACACAUUGACUCCUAUGUGAUCCUUAAAGAGGUUGCCAAGAAUAGAAAUAUUGGGUCAGGGACAUCUGACAUUGAAGGAAAAGCAGACACUUGAUCGGAUACCCAGAUCUACCGACAACGUUGGUGUGGAAAACCCUUUUUCUAGGAGGUUAACUAGGAAUUCUAGGAGAAGGGAGAGAAAGGAAAUUAGUAGCUUUCCAGGGUAUGUUCUGCCUCUUUGGAAGGUAUAUUUUUUUUAUUCUAGGUAAAGAUUUAAUGGUCAUUCAGUAGAGUCACAAUAUUAUAUAUAUCAUUCUUUGUUAGCAAAAAUAGAAGCAUGAUCAGUUUACAAAACAGGGUAUCCGCCUUUUCAUUUUAUAACAGGAGAGUACAGAAUGUAGAGCAGCAAAGGAUGAUGGGAAGUGUGUGCUGGAAAUACUUGCAUCGCAUUAAGGAAAUAUUCUUCUUCACAUUUCUGUUUCUCAAUAUUAAGGAUCUCACGGUUGUAAAGAAGACCAGUAAUCAUGACUCGCCCAGAAGCAAUCCACAUGGAUCGGAAGAAUCACACAGGACAUUUAUCCCCAGCAUCCUUCUUCCACCUCCUUCCCUGAUCCAUGAGAGAAACAAUAAUCAGAAGAUCCUGGAACUGACCAAUCAGAUCAUUGAGCUGCUGACUAGAGAGGUGAGGCUUCUGGGAAUGGGACAAUAUACAGUAAAACCAAGGGAUGUGUUUGGAUAGUGAUUGUAUCAUUGUGUAUCAGGUUCCUAUACGGUGUGAGGAUGUCACGGUCUAUUUCUCCAUGGAAGAGUGGGAGUAUAUAGAAGGACACAAGGAUCUCUACAAGGACAUAAUAAUUGAGAACCACCAGUCACUGGGUAAGAAAAGCUUUAAUCGCUGUUUACUCAGUAUAAUAUUAUAACACAUAUACACGGUAACUAUCUUACUUUAUUUGAAAUGAUUUACCAGCUCCUAUUGUUCAUUGUCUUCCAACAGAUAAAUGUGUACAAUCCAUUAGGUAUACACCACUUGCUACAAGUAAAACUGUAACUAAAACCAAUGAUGGUAAAACAUCUAUUGUAAUCAACCAAGCAAAGCAAAGCGAGAUUAAAUCGGUAACAUUCAUGUCACAAGAAUCUUUGCCAUGUGAAGAAGGCAAUCUCACAGACAUUUCUACACCCACAGAAUAUCCAUCCAUUCAUAUUAAGGAGGAACCAGCCUCAUGUGAAGAAGGCAAUCUCACAGACAUUUGUACACUCACAGAACAUCCACAGACAGAAUAUCCAUCCACUCAUAUUAAGGAGGAACCAGCCCCAUGUGAAGAAGGGAAUCUUACAGACAUUUCUACACUCUCGGAACAUUCAUCUAUUCAUAUUAAGGAGGAACCAGCCUCAUAUGUAGAAGGCAACCUCAAAGACAUUUCUACACCCACCAAACAUACUGAGACAUAUACUUCAGUACAUAUUAAGGAAGAUUCUUCUUUACAUGAGUAUGGUUUUGUCACAGAUUCUCUCUCAGAACAAACACACAGAGUACAUCCACCAAGUAGGACUGAUGAAUGCUCUACCGGUGGAAAAGGAAAUCUCACCGUUGCUGAGAAGUAUACUGUUAUAUCUGAUUCAUCUGAAUAUAGGGAGAAUUUUACUCAGGUGACUCAAACUAGGAAAAAUCAAUAUGAAUGCCUUGAAUGUGGGAAAUGUUUUUUACAUCCAUCAAGAUUGGUGUUACAUAAAAGGAUUCACACAGGGGAAAAACCUUUUAAAUGCACUGAAUGUGGGAAAGGAUUUACCCAAAAAUCGAAUCUUAAUAAACAUAAAAUUAUUCACACAGGAGAAAAACCGUUUAAAUGCACAGAAUGUGGGAAAUGUUUUAACCUAAAGCAGGAUCUUAUCAGACAUCAACGGAUUCACACAGGAAAAGAAAUGUUAAAAUGUACUGAAUGUGAAAAAUGUUUUAAUCUAAAAAAGGAUCUAAUCAUUCAUCAGUGGAUCCACAAAGGAGAAAAAACUGAAUCUGGUAAACGUGUAAUUCGAAAGCAGGAUCUUAUUGGGCAUCAGAGAAUACGCAAAGAAGAAAAGUCUUUUCAAUGUACAGAGUGUGGGAAAUGCUUUAAUUUACAAUCUAAUCUAAAUAGGCAUAAAAUUAUUCACACAGGAGAAAAACCCUUUAAAUGCACAGAAUGUGGGAAAUGCUUUAACCUAAAGCAGGAUCUUAUCAGACAUCAUCGGAUUCACACAAGAAAAAAAACAUUCAUAUGCACUGAAUGUGAAAAAUGUUUUCAUGCAAAGAGCGAUCUUGCCAUUCAUCAGCGUAUUCACAAAGGAGAAAAACCACUUAAAUGCACUGCAUGUGGGAAAUGUUUCAAUUUGCGAUAUAAUCUUAAUAGGCAUCAAAUUGUUCACAAACGAGAAAAAAACAUUUAA